AUGAAGCUCUCUACCUUCCUGUCUUUUGGAGCUCUCCUCCUCGUCGGACCAUUUCCCGCCUCAGCUUGGCCAGAAUUGCAAUUCCGGCCCGAGAUUCUCGAAAAUAACACAACCUGGGUCGCACAAGGUGCCAUAACGAAGAAAUCUGCUGAAAAUAAAAACCUACCUCUCCGCUGCCCAACUCCAAGGACGUCUUUGCUUGGUCGAGCUUUCACAUGGAUGCUGGGCCCCGAGAAGCCUAAGUGCAAGCAGUUCAACAUAGCUGCUGGAGAAACGAUUAGUGGAUUCCCCCGUUUCCAAACCGACCAAAUCCAUGGAUUUACCUUCCCUAAUCGAACUUACUUUAUCCACACUGCCAUAGAAGGAGUUUUUGUCCACGUGGAAGUCAAGAAAGGACUUUGGACCAUGAUUCCAGGAGCUAUGACUGUCACCUGCUACGAGGGAAAUGAUGGCGCACCUCACUGCGUGGGCAGAAUGUGA